AUGAGUCAUGGCUGUCGUCCACGCCUUGAACUCGCCGGCCGUGUUUUGGUGCGAGAUCCUGAUGUAGACAAGCAAGCACGGCAGUGGGCUGAGAAAAUUGAGAAGGAUCAUGGCCUAACGAAUCAGCACUACUCAAAGAUUCUUACAAAACGACAAAUGGAGCGUGAAUAUCAUACAUUUGCUCAAAAACGCGCUCUCGCAUCGACUUAUGAUGUGUUUUUGGUCGACGUUCGUGUUGGUAAGGCAGUUCGUUCGUUCCUUGGUACUGAGUUCUACAAAGUUCAUAAAGAGCCACUGGAUUUCAAAUACACAAAGCCAUUAGUGACAUCAAUUGAAAGUGCAGUGAAGACCGUCGUUCUAAAGCUGCAGCGAUAUGCUACCAGAGUAAAUGUAUGUUUCGGUCACCUUGGGCAACAGUUGUCAGAUCUUUCUUCAAAUUUCGACGCGGUCGUAGAUGCUGUAAUUGAUGCAUGUCCUGGAGGUUUCUCAAAUAUACGUAGUAUAUAUGUGCAACCAGUUGGGUCUUCACCUUCUUUACCCGUCUACGUUGACAAUGGUGCGACAUCAGAAGUUCAUUUGGAAAAGCCAGAGAAACGCAGACGGUGUUUGGAGGAAGUUAUUGACGAAUGUUCUACACUUCCUGAAGGCCUGAAGCUUGCUGUACGAAAGAAUGGUAAACUCCGCGUCAUGAAGGAGGAUUCCGGUUACACUGUUCUCUACCCUACAGUCCAUGAUGAGUGGGAAGAGCGCGAUGGAUUGAAACCGACCGUUGAUCCCGCUAAGCUGAAAAGGAAACACGCCCUCAAAAAGAAGCGAAUGCAAAAACGCUUGACACAGAAGAAAAUCAAGUCAGGUGAGCCAUUUGUCUACUCAGUAACGAUGUCUAUGCCAUGGUAUUAUUUGGAGAAGCCAACCCGUAUGAUUUUGUUGAGGUGUUACUACGCUGUAUGUGCUUUCACCUAUCCAGUGUUUGUGGGGUUGAACUGGAAGAGUUACGCUCCAACUCGAGCUGAGGUACUGGCUGGAAGGUCGUUGAAGGACGAGAUCCUUCGUCCAACGAAAAAAUGA